GGAAUGAUUGGCUUCAGUUGCGGGUUUUGGCGCUUCCACCGAAAAUAACUGAAAGUAAAUGAAAACAGAAUAAGAAGACAAGAGGGCAGCCUCCCCAGCUCCGGCGACUGAUCCACCCGCCUCCGGUGACCACUCUGAUAACCGGCCUUGUGGAUGAUGAAACGAGCAAACUGAGAUGGGAUAAGCAAUCAGAAGGUGGAAAUUCUGCUCUCCAUGUCUGAAGGAAAGACAUGGUUCCCGUUAUCAGCAUGAGGAUUUUCUGAAAGGCAGCCCAUUACAACCCAAGUUUCCAGUGAGAAACAGCUCGUGUACGUAAGAAUUUAUAGCCCGAGCAAUUUUUACACUACAAAAUAAGAAAUCCCUGAUUCACGCGUACAUCAAAUUGUGGCUUGUGCGUUUCGGAGCAGUCAAUGCUAAGGGUUAAAUUACUCCACGUGAAAUCAAAGAAAGGUGGGAUCUUGACGUCUUGAAUGGGAUUAUCCUAUCAUUGCUCUUUUCAUCUUGACCAGAAAUUGUGACACAAUCUUUCCGAUUUAGCACUUGGUAUUGGAUUUAAGGGGAAUAAAAAGACUAUGACUUUGAAAGCUGACAGCUUUGUUGAAGCAGAUUCGGCAGCCAUCACCAUGGCAACACAGCGCAAGAAGAACUCCUUAACCUUGAGCAACUGCGAGCCCGUGAAAUUAGUGCUGAAAACCACCCUCUCAUUCAAGAAUCUAGUUCAAGAUAUCAGAAAAUCAGGAUCAGAUGAUGCAAAAGCAAAUGCAGAUGGUUAUACUGAUAAAUUAGUUAAUGCAGCUACUCUCCCUCAACCUGCCAUAUUGUUUUCUCCACGGCCUGUCAGUGAGCUUGAUGCGGCUGCAAUCAAGCUGCAAAAGGUCUAUAAGAGUUACCGCACGCGAAGAAACCUUGCUGAUUGUGCAGUUGUAGUAGAGGAGCUAUGGUGGAAAGCAUUGGACUUUGCAGCUCUAAAGAGGAGUUCUGUAUCAUUCUUCAGUGUUGAGAAACACGAAACUGCUGUUUCAAAAUGGUCUAGAGCACGGACCCGAGCAGCCAAGGUAGGGAAGGGAUUGUCCAAGGAUGAGAAGGCUCAAAAGCUGGCUCUACAGCAUUGGCUUGAAGCAAUCGACCCACGCCAUCGCUAUGGGCACAAUCUGCAUUUCUAUUAUGACGUCUGGUUCAAAUGCGAAAGCUCACAACCUUUCUUUUACUGGUUGGAUGUUGGAGACGGGAAAGAAUUAAAUCUGGAAAAGUGCCCCAAGGUCAAUUUGCAUCGUCAAUGCAUCAAAUAUCUAGGACCUAAAGAGAGAGAAUCGUAUGAGGUUGUGAUUGCAAAUGGGAAACUUGUUUAUAAAGAAAGUUGUAACUUAGUGGAUACCACUGAGGGUUCAAAAUGGAUAUUCGUUCUCAGCACGACGAGAACUUUCUACGUGGGGCAGAAGCAAAAGGGCAAGUUCCAGCAUUCAAGUUUCCUAGCUGGAGGGGCCAUCACAGCCGCCGGAAGAUUGGUUGCUCAUGGGGGUGUUCUUGAGGCAAUUUGGCCAUACAGUGGUCACUAUCUCCCAACAGAGGAGAACUUCAAUGAAUUUAUAAGCUUCCUCGAGGAGCAUUCUGUCGAUCUUGCGAACGUACAGAGAUGUGCAAAUGAUGAUGACCGUCCGCCUAGCAAGGUUGCCAAUGCUACCGAAGAACCUACUCCAGGACCUACGGACGACUCAAGUUCCGAGCAAUCAGAAGAUGUUAGCAUCUCUGACAAGGACGGUCCACACGACAAACCGGAAACCACAAUUUCCAAUCACAAGGAUAAGCCGGUAUAUAGCUUAGCUAAACGUAUGUCGUCCAAAUGGAGCACCGGAGCUGGACCACGUAUUGGAUGUGUCCGAGAGUACCCAACGGAGCUACAAUUCCGGGCACUUGAACACCUUAACCUUUCACCUAAGGUGUUGUAUGGACCUGUCAGCAACUACGGUCCAAUCCCAUCACCGAGGCCAAGUCCAAAGCUUCGACUCUCUCCUAGUGUCGCACAUAUGGGACUACCAAGUCCGAGGGCCCGGAUCACCACACGUAAAUGAGCUUAAUCCGAAGCAGAUAUACUACUCGGUCUACGUAACCAGAGGUACUACAUUGCUAGAUUGAUGCUACUACCAUCAGUAGAAUAACUUUUGGUGAUAGCGAAUGACGAACUGGCUUGAAAUCUUCGUUCUUUUAUUCAAUCAAAGCUAUACACGAGUCAUCGACAUGCCAAAAACCUUUUACUUUCUUUUCACCCAAUUUUGGCAAGAGAUGAAGGUUAGAAUUAAUCAUUAUUUGUUUAUUAUUACUAGAAAAUAUACGUGCUUUGCAUGUAAAUGAGUGAGUUUGGAGGUAAAUGUAACAUAUUUUAACUAUAUAUAAUAUCAUGCCAUAUUCCUAA